UUUUCGAAAAAAAGCGCGAUGUAGACUCCUUGGAAAAACGCGCACCAAAAGAUACAGUCAAAGGUGCUUUUGCAAGAUUCGCUGGCAGUAAUGAAGUCAAAGGUAUAGUUACCUUUGUUGAGGACGUUGGCGCUAAACCUCGAGAGAUAAUUUCAACUGCAGUGUUCUCCAAUGGUUUUGUGGAUAAGAAUAUUAAAAAUUAUAGAUUUACCAUUGGAAACAAAAAUGUGGAUGAAUUUUUUUCAAUCUUGGUAAUUGAUCCUCCUAGAGCAAAAAUUUUCGAUUGCUUUGCUAAUACUACUAUCGAGGGGCUUACAGUUAAAAAUAUCGUAGGCAAGAAAUUUCUUAUUGAGAGAAAGAUUAAUGAGAAAUUUAAAAAAAUUGGCCAAAUGCUUAUUUGA